AAAGGAAAAAUAACAGAUGGGCAAAGUGUGUUACUGACAGCAGUGCAACGGUUUUGGGAUUAGAGCUAAUUUGGCAAGCGCACGAGGGUUAACAUAUGCGAUAUGAUGUGAUUUCUGUCUGGUGUAGACUAACGGUAUUAGCUAGCUUGCUAGCCAGGUAGUAGCUACUAAACAGACUUGCUUAUAUCAAGGAUAACCCUGCUUGCAUACACAGACAGUUAGCUAGCUAGUAAGCUAGCAAUUUAAGUCAACAAACUUGGCUGUCAGUUAAAGCGCACUAAGAUGUCUGUGGAGCUUGAUGUGUUUGUGGGGAACACCACCAUCAUGGACGAAGAAGUCUACCAAUUCUGGCUGGACGGAUAUACAGUGGCUGAUGCGGUGCGCGUGCGGAUGGAGGGCGGGGUCCUGCAGGAGUGUGAGGCGAGCGCGGAGGUGCUGCACAGCGACACCAUGGACCAGUUCCGCACCUUCCAGAUGUGCGAGCGGCUCCUGCACUGCCCCAGCAAGCUGGCCAAUCAGCUUCUGUUCCAGAUCCCCCCGCACCGGCAGGCCAUGCUUAUUGAGAGGUACUAUGCUUUUGACGAUGCAUUUGUGCGUGAAGUCCUGGGCAAGAAGCUUUCAAAGGGCACCAAGAAGGACCUGGAUGAUGUGAGCGCGAAGACAGGGAUUACGCUGAAGAGCUGUAGGCGUCAGUUUGAUAACUUCAAACGUGUGUUUAAAGUGGUGGAGGAGCUCAAGGGCUCUCUGGUGGAAAACAUACAGCAACACUUCCUGUUGUCUGAUAAGUUGGCCAGGGACUAUGCGGCGAUUGUGUUCUUUGCGAAUAAUCGCUUUGAGACGGGGAAGAGGAAGCUGCAGUAUUUGUCGUUCCAGGACUUUGCCUUCUGUGCAGUGCAGCUCAUCAACAACUGGACAGUGGGGGCUGUGGAUAACAUGGUGGAGGACAUGGAUGUGGAUCUGGACAAAGAGUUCCUGCAGGACCUGAAAGACCUGAAGGUUUUAAUCACUGAUAAAGACAUGCUGGAUCAACACAAGAGCCUUGUGUGCACAGCCCUCAGGGGGAAGACCAAAGUCUUCAAUGAGAUGGAGGCUAACUUCAAGAAUCUCUCCAGAGGCCUGGUCAACAUUGCUGCCAAACUCAUGAAUGCAAAAGAUGUUAGAGAUUUCUUCAUCGACCUGGUGGAGAAGUUUAUUGAGCCAUGCCGGUCAGACAGAUGGACUGCUGGAGACAUAAAGCUCUUCCUCACCCACUACACCAACUCCGUUCACAUACUGGACACUUUCAAGCACCAGGUGGUUUGGGACAGAUACAUGGGUGUCGUCAAGAGCUGCAUUCUCAAAAUGUACCAUGACUAGGACAUGCGCUGCUCUCUUGUCUCCAUCUCUCCUCCCUCCUUCCUUCUUUUCUCUUCUCUCCUUCCAGCUCUCUCUCCUCUCUCCCUGCUCUGUAAACAUGUCUUACUGUUCCUUUCUCAUUUCUCUCAGUCUGCUGUUUUGGUGGACCUGCUCUCUAUCUCUCCUUCCGCUUCUUCAUCCAUCCUCUUCCCUUCUCUCUCUCUUUCUCUCUCUCCCGUUAUAUUUGGUUUGUAAAUAUACCAU